AUGUCCGGGCUCUGCGUGCUUUGCCUUGCCGCGGCACUGGCUGCGUUUACCCGGCCCGCCGGCACCGUGGGGCCGAUGGUCCGAUGCGAGCCUUGCGACGCCGGGGCGCUCCUGCAGUGCAAGCCGCUGCCGAAGGACUGCGCCGAGCGCGUGAGGGAGCCCGGCUGCGGCUGCUGCAUGACGUGCGCUCUCGGCGAGGGACUGGCGUGUGGAGUGUACACGGCGCGCUGUGGCUCCGGCUUGACCUGCCAGCACCAGCCGGGGGAGAGCCGACCCCUGCAAGCUCUGUUGGAGGGACGCGGAGUGUGCUCCAGCGCCGCGUCCAAAAAGCUCAACAGCAUUCUCAUACCUGCGCGGAAACAAGAGAAUGCCGGGCAUCAGGCAGAAGGCUUCGCCAACGUGAACGUGACCGCGACCACGCCAGUGUUGCCCGGCGUGGCGACCGCGAAGGGCGGGCACAGCCGGGGGUCGAUGGACACCAGGCCUCCUCUGCACAACAAGCUGAUCCAAAAGGACCAGAACAGGAAGACUCAGAGCUACAAGGUGGAAUCGGUGUCAGGAGGAGCCAAUAUGGACAUGCACAACUUCUCCCUGGAGAACAAGAGGGAGACCGAGUAUGGGCCGUGUCGGCGGGAGAUGGAGAGCAUCCUGAGCGGUCUUAAAAUCAGCAAUGUGCUCAAUCCGAGGGGCUUCCGCAUACCCAACUGUGACAGAAAGGGCUUCUACAAGAAAAAACAGUGCCGUCCAUCCAAAGGCAGGAGGCGGGGCUACUGCUGGUGUGUGGACAAAUACGGGCAGCCUCUGCCCGGCUACGACGGCAAGGAGCGGGGCGAGACGCAGUGCUACAACCUGGAGAGCAAAUGAGAGGACGGAGGGAUGACGAGUGGACGGA